UCCGUCCUCCCCGCCUCGCGGAGUUGGGAGAAGGCCGGCUGGGGGGGUGGAAAAAUAAAAGGAAAAGUCCCCGCACCAUGUAACUCCGCGCCCCGCCUCGGCGCCCCGGCCGCCCCGGGCUCCCCAUCCGCGGCCAUGAACGCCAGCAGCGAGGCCGAGAGCUUCCCGGGCUCCGUGCAAAUUCCAGGUGGCACAACGGUGCUGGUUGAGCUGACUCCUGACAUCCACAUCUGUGGCAUCUGCAAGCAGCAAUUUAACAACCUGGAUGCCUUUGUAGCUCACAAGCAAAGUGGCUGCCAGCUGACCGGCACGCCGGGGGCGGCCCCCAGCACAGUCCAGUUUGUAUCGGAGGAAACAGUGCCUGCCGCCCAGACUCAGACCACCACCAGAACCAUCACCUCGGAAACGCAGACAAUCACAGUUUCAGCUCCAGAAUUUGUGUUCGAACAUGGCUAUCAAACUUACCUGCCCACGGAAAGCAACGAAAACCAGACAGCCACCGUCAUCUCUCUCCCUGCCAAGUCACGCGUCAAAAAGCCUGCAGCCCCACCUGCUCAGAAAAGGCUUAACUGUUGCUAUCCAGGUUGCCAAUUCAAGACGGCCUAUGGCAUGAAGGACAUGGAGCGGCAUUUAAAAAUUCACACGGGAGACAAACCCCAUAAGUGUGAAGUCUGUGGCAAGUGCUUCAGCCGGAAGGAUAAACUGAAGACCCACAUGCGGUGCCACACCGGCGUCAAGCCCUACAAGUGCAAGACGUGUGACUACGCCGCAGCCGACAGCAGCAGCCUUAACAAGCACCUGCGGAUACACUCCGACGAGCGGCCCUUCAAGUGCCAGAUCUGCCCCUACGCCAGCCGCAACUCCAGCCAGCUCACCGUCCACCUCCGAUCCCACACGGCUGCAGAACUGGAUAAUGAUGUUUCAAAGCCAGCCGGCCUCUCCACCGAAAGCUCUGACACCCAGAAGGCCCCUGUCACCUCUCUUCCCUCAGAGGCAAAGGAACAAACAACUACCCUUGGAGAGAGGACAUUCAACUGUUGCUAUCCAGGUUGCCACUUCAGAACUGUUCAUGGCAUGAAAGAUCUGGACCGCCACCUCAGAAUCCACACGGGAGACAAACCCCACAAGUGUGAGUUCUGUGACAAAUGCUUCAGCCGGAAGGACAACCUGACCAUGCACAUGCGGUGCCACACCAGUGUGAAGCCCCACAAGUGUCACCUCUGUGACUAUGCCGCCGUGGACAGCAGCAGUCUCAAGAAACACCUGCGGAUACAUUCUGACGAGCGGCCAUACAAGUGCCAGCUCUGCCCCUACGCCAGCCGCAACUCCAGCCAGCUCACCGUCCACCUCCGAUCCCACACGGGGGACACCCCCUUCCAGUGCUGGCUCUGUAGCGCCAAGUUCAAAAUCAGCUCGGACUUGAAAAGGCACAUGAUCGUGCACUCGGGGGAGAAGCCUUUCAAGUGCGAAUUCUGCGACGUCCGCUGCACCAUGAAGGCAAACCUCAAGUCCCACAUCCGCAUCAAGCACACCUUCAAGUGUCUGCACUGUGCCUUCCAGGGCCGGGACCGGGCCGACCUCCUGGAGCACAGCCGGCUGCACCAGGCUGACCACCCUGAGAAGUGCCCCGAGUGCAGCUACUCCUGCUCCAGCGCGGCCGCCCUGCGUGUGCACAGCAGGGUCCACUGCACCGACCGCCCCUUCAAGUGCGACUUCUGCAGCUUCGACACCAAGCGGCCCAGCAGCCUGGCCAAGCACAUUGACAAGGUGCACCGGGAUGAGGCCAGAAUAGAGAACCGGGCCCCAGCGGGCAAAGACGGGCCCAGAGAGAGCAGCUCCCAACACGUGGCCAAAAUAGUGACCCAGAGGGCCUUCCGCUGUGACAUCUGUGGCGCCUCCUUCGUCAGGGACGACUCUCUGAGAUGCCAUAAGAAGCAGCACAGUGACCAGAGUGAGAAUAAGAACUCGGAGUUGGUCACCUUCCCAUCUGAGAGCAGUGCCUCAAGCCAGCCUGGCACCCUGGUCUCUGUUGGGCAGCUUGAGGCGCCCCUGGAGCCCAGCCAAGGCCUCUAGGUCAACCAAGGAGGGUUGUCAGCUGUCAGGAAUCCCAAACAAAGGCUAUUGCCCAACCCUCCAAGCCAGACUGGCCAUAAGCCCCGACAAUGCCUGUUGUCUACUUUUCAGGCUUCUAGAAUUAAUGGCUCAAGUGACCCUGGUGUGAGGACAGAUACCAAAUGACAUGGUAAAAACACUCCUCCUUGUUGCCGUCUUCCCUCCAAGAAUGAUCUAAGCCAGUUGGCUCAGUCUUUCAAAGGUGGGAGCCACGGGGUGCUGCUCUGUCCAGUAGGAGUAACUUCUUCAUGAUGGAUUCCAGCCUUAAAACUGACCUGGAAUUCCUAAAUCUUUAAAAAAAAAAAAAAUUCUCUGAGGGAAUUAUUGAACUAUUUAGAUGGCGCAGAAAAAGAAAACUGACCCGUGUAGUAGAAGAGAGUUAAGAUGGGAACGGGUACAUGGAGGGUCCCAGAUGGCUGCAAAUAUUCUAGUACCUAACCUGGGUGGUAGCCUCAAGAGUCUUCGCCUUGUACAUGUUUGUGUGGUUUCCUUGAUCUGUUGUUUUACCAUAAAAAGGCAAACUAAGAGGGACACUUUUUUUUUUUUUUUUUACAUUCCUCCAUAAACUGGUUAUAGUGUGACAUCUUCCAUGCCCACCUUCAGUAAUUGAAUUAUAAAUGCACAUGGGUUUUGUCAGUGGGAGUGAGGAAAUCCAAUUUUGUACUACGGUGAAAUGAAAUGCAGUUUAAUCUGUAGGUGGCGCCAAAGAUCAAGGUAACACUAGACCAGCCAGUGAUUGUGAGACUCAAAAUUCAUUCAUAUUUUCUCAUAGAGGAAAGACUAGGAGCCCAGUGGGCCCUGAGCGUAGUUCUGGGAUAUGUGAUGUGUGGGACAGACCAGCGUGGUUUUUGCCACAGGAAGCACUUAAUGUUUGCUGAACCAAUGCACAAGUGACAACCCAGCCCUUACAUCAAUGAACGUUUCAGCUGACCCAAGCUUAGAAACUAUGGCACCCUGGUAGAUAUGUAAUUUAUCCAACGCUGCUUUGUUUGGUCUAUGCCGACAUCUUUUUGCAAACACGGUCUUUGUUAAAUAUAAAUUCCUGUGUGCCCUUAUCCAACGAAACACCUAUGCUUUUCGAAUAGAUUAGAUUCCGUUGUUUUCGAUAAAUUAGGAAAAGGGGUGUGAAAACCAAUUUUUAUAGAUUGUUUGCGUGGGGAUAUUUCCCUUAUGAAAUAGCAAGAGGUACAUAGCUUAUUUUGUUAUGACAAUUGUUUGAACAAAUGCGACUCCAUUUAUUUAAACCUUAUAUCAGGCAGUGAUAAUACACUGUUGAAUCUCUUUAUUGUAAGGGAAAAAAAAAGAUUAAAAUGAUGGCAGAGACUUUA